AUGCCCUCAGGUAGGAAUGGAUUUUCAAGGACGGAAGAUCCAGAGCUGGAUCUGUAUUUAUCUCGUGUUGAGCAGUUAGAUCAGGAACGGAUGAAUUCCCGAAACCUGGGGAUUCAUGGCAGUAGACAAGAUUAUGAUAUCGGGUUAUCACCAAGCAAAUACACGUUGGAUGAUAGGAAUAAAGCGCAGUUAUUAUUGGAUGGGUUAUAUGAUAGCAAGCAGUAUGAUUAUUAUUUGGAUGCGGAUCGGGUAUCCGAUCUAGCGUAUGAGUCUGCUUAUAAUUACGAGAAAACGUUUUCACCAAAGCGAAGCAGUAGAACUAACUAUCGUUCGCCCAAACAUCUUAGUCCUAGUAGAUCGCCAGGUUAUCGUGAUUCUGCUUUUGGUUCCCUCAAAGUAGAUGACAGGUAUGGCGAUAGGCAUGGAGGGAAAUAUGUGGUCUCGGAGGCAGACUACGAAUUGCUACUAAAGUUAAAACGCGGACAAUAUUUUGAUUUGCAUCCGACAGAUAUGUCUCUCAGACCAAGACAUAUGGAUUGUUCGCCUGAGCAUGGAAGUAGCGGAUAUGGUGUUGAUGGUGCAAGCAUGGCUGGUAAUACUUCUUAUUUUGGAGAAGUGAAAUUAUCUUCACCAUCAUCUUUGUAUAGGGAUGAAGGGACUCUACCGGUUAGGCCCUAUUCUAAUUUCAGAAGUUUUCCCAAUGGGAAUGAUAAUGCAGAGUAUGAUGUACUUACUACUGGGGGAUAUAUGUCAUCAAUGGAGACUGAAUUAGAUAAUAUUUCGAUUCCAUCAUUGAUUCCGCCCACAACUGCUGCCACUAUCGGGUCUUUGGACAUUGCUUAUUCGCAGAAAAAUCAGUCUUCCCAACAGCAACAUCCAGAAGUUAAAGUCUCCCCUUCGGAUGCCUCCAAAAUUAACCCUGAGGAUCCCAGUCCUAAGCUGUUAACUGGAAACGAGUCUACCACAGCCGAGGAAUAUAUUGUAUCACUACCUACAACCUCUGCUACAAAUCCUCCAUCUCUCUCUGACAAAAAAGUGGAAGACACUGUUAGUUCACCUGAACCGGACAACAUCAAACCAAACACUUUGAAGACGAACGACUUUGCAAAUGGGAACACAAAUGAUCUGAAGGGUUCGUCUCAUGUAUCCUAUUUAGAAUCCUUGGAAAGGAGUAAAGUCACUAAAGUGAGUUCACAAUGGAACACAGCAGAGACUCUAGCUCCUCCAUGGAACAAAAAUGAAGGCGCACUUUCUUCUGCACUGAGGAAAAAUGGUUCACCCACCAAGUUACGUACAAACACCAUUAGUAAUAAUUUGAAGCCUUUCAGAACCGAUCCUGAGGACGUUGUUUCAUCUCUACUCAAGAAGGCUUCACCAUCACCAAGAAUGAGUCCUGUGAAAUUUGUUUCCAGGUCGCCUUUGAAAGGUAGAGAAGUUACCGAGACACUAAUUACAUCGGCAAUGAAGACCACUGGCACACCAACUAAUCAGUCUCGUAGCGCAGCCACUCACAUCACAAUCAAACCAAAAAAACGGGAGCCGCGGCAGCUAGUUGAGCCCGAGGAGGCACCUGAUCUAUCAGACACUUUAAGAAAGAUACAGCUGAAUAAGGUUGAUGUGGACAGGAGGAGAUCUCCGAAUAAGCAGGUAGCUGACGAUUUGCAGAUCCCAAAAUUAAGGUCUGCGCCAAAAGAGGAUUCUAAACCACCACAAGAGCCAAUCAGUAUCCCAGAGCUAAAGCCAGUGAAAAGGGAACCAAAAAGGGAGGCAUCUCUUCCGGAGGCACUUCACGCUAUUAACCAGCUGAAACAGGCCCCUGAACUCUCACGUAGUCCAAGCCCCGUCCCGGAAGCUCUAAGCAAAAUAACAAAACUAAGCCCACCUAAACCAGAACUAAAGGCAGAACCCCCGGUCCCAGAAGCAUUGUUACGAAGAUCGAAACUAAGCAGACCCCCGAUAUCUCUGAAAAGAAAAGUUUCCCCCCCAGAAGCAUUAUUAAAAGCCUCUAACCUACAAAAAGCUGCUCCGUCUCCGGAAAAGAAGGAAUCUAUCCCAGAAGCCCUAUUACAGGUGUCAAAACUAAAUAAGGCACCAUCUCGAACAAAAUGA